AACACGUACGGGCUACAAGCUGCGGAAAUAAAGCACUCCAAGGACAAUGGAUGAAAUGCCUCUACCAUCUCCGACCUCAGAUAUAGAGGCGCAAUACGACAGCCGGAUACGCCUCUCUUGUCAAAAUUCCAGGAAAUCAACGGCAUCGCUUUCUACCCUAACCGAACAAGGAACACAACUACAGUCUCCUCCACAACACGACCAUGAUUCUGCCGAUGAGUCUACCAAUUCAAAUCAACCUAGUACCUUGGAUGUAGACAGUCACUGUUCGAAGAAGUACAAGCCAGUCGCUACGGAAGAAGAUGGUCCAAAUCAUAUCGAGUUCAAGAAACGUGGUAUCGAGGCUUUCACCAUUAUCACCGACUCCGCCUCAAUAACCCUUCCACUGGCACUGGCUGUAUUCGUAAUGGUACUCUGGCAUCUUGAUGGCCGGGAAGCCAACAUGGGCACAUAUAUCCACUGGGAAAAUGCUAAGUUACCUAAAUUCACCCGGCACUACUGCGCCUUGGAGUAGAACGGAACAUACGACCAUGGGUCAGCACCCACCACCGCGCGCUAUUGUGUAUAUAUAUUGCAGCAUCGAUAUAAGAAAUAGUCAGA